AUGACUCAGACUGGAUUUGGGUAUAAAUACUGUAGCUACUUGGUUUACUCCGACAACCUGGUCAAGGUCACCAAGUACCGGGUGGGUCUUGACCCCAGAAUCAACCAGGCGAUCACGACCUCUGGCAACCCACCCAGUCUCACGAACUGUUCGGAGUGGCACACCCGCACAUUCCGCCAGUACAACGCGGAGGUGGCUGCCUGGGCUGCACAAGGACAGGUGGUUUCUCCACCCCGCGCCCCACCUCCUGCAGCUCCCCGUCCUUGCCCCAUGGCUCCUCCGGUGGUUGCCCCUCCUCCCGCUCCCCAACCAGCCCCAGUAGUCCUCCCGCUGGGCAUUCCCAUGGAGAUCGACCGAACCAGAGCCCACAGCAGUGUUCGUCGCACCUGCUUCCGAUGCGGCAGCCCAGGACAUCUGGCCCAAGACUGCCCGACCCCCGCUGAUGUCCGGCACGCCAACGUCCUGGACGAAGUGAUCAAUCAGCUGGGAAGCGACCUGUUGGCGGAAUUAGUAGCCCGGCUAGCAACUACGGCGGCCGUAGAGGAGCAUGAAGCGGAGAUUGCCAACGAGUUGGAGCAGGGUUUUCUCCCCCGCGACAAAUGA